GUUAUCGCGGCCGCCAGAUAUUUGGGUUGCUCGUGCGACUGGGCCUGAAUCCAUCCAUUAUUGAGACCCGGGAGGGGCCAGGGCCUCCAACGUCAACUUCUACUGUCUGGAGAUAGAUCUCCGGCGUAGCCAGCCCAGCUCCGGGUAUUCGUCUACCGCAUCUCGGUCGGUCGAGCGAAAGACAGUGUAGCCUAUGUUAUGCUGAGACAAUUUCGAUGAUAUGUUCAGCUUGACUUGGCCGAUGAAGCUGACAACAGCUUCGUAUAAACCCUGUGCCUCGUAAACAGAGCACGCGGAACAGCCUGCGACUUGAAGCCGAUGUCAUACGCCUCGAGCACUGCAGCUGAAUCGACCCUUGUCGGGGGAGUCGCGACCUCGGUUGGUUGGCCAUAUGACCCUCCACCAUCGCCGUUGACUGCCUGAUGUGACCCGCUUGCUGUCAGUCAGGGUCCGCCCGCUGGUUAUCAGUUGGUAACCGCCAGCAACCUUCGUUGGUGUUCCUCGUCAUAGCUUCCCUUGCGUAACCUAUACUACUCCAUGUUGUCCAUGGGCGGUGGGUAAUACAACAAGCGAGAGCAUUGAGUGCCGUGACGAACGACACCGUGCGACAACAGGACCAUCCGCGGAAAUGGAACGAGCUUCGGCUGUGCACCACUACAGCAGCAUGCGAACCGUAUUGAGUUCUUAUCCUCCGAAGUCAAAUAAACGAGGCCCUGAAUGUUAUAGCAAUGCAUCGCGUCGUUGGAUCGACCCGUGAUAAGCAUGGCACCGUUUGUGACCACUGGCAGCAAGAUCUCAUUUUCGACCAAAAUGGAAAACAAGACACCGUAUCACGAACACCCCACCCCUUGCUGCUUCCGGGUACUUAUAAAUGUGUACUUCCACCUCGGGGCCUAACGUGAAUACUAAUCAUGGUCAUGUUAUAUACAAGCACGCCGUGCUUUGGUCUGGCUUGCUGAUGUUCCCACAUCGGCUCGCGCACCAGAUCUCUGAGCAGCAGACAACACAUCAUGUUGUAUGCCCGUUUACAAGUGUCCUGCCCUUCCAAGGGUGGUGACAAGACUGGUCUACCUUCAAAUACACAUACUCAACAAGUUGAACCAGACCACCAGCAUCGUAUCUCUUCUCUCAUCCAAGGACGGCUUAGUGUGCUCGGGAGCUGUGUGGACCAAUAUCUCUUCGACACUGUACAACUACGGCUUAGGGGCAUAAUCAUAUCCUCCAUUGGCGGAGACACUGCCGUUGAAGACAUCAUCACCUUGACCGACUUCAGAGCCAACACUGAUUUUGUAUUAUCCGCUCCAUCAUGUCCGGAAGACAAUAAUGCUCCAAAUACUCGACAUGUCGACUUUUACUUCGUACUACCAACCCAUGUCACGACGGCAGACGGAGUAUCGCGAUCUAUCCCACUGUCAACAAAGAUAUCAGGCACCACGAGCAAGAACACAUGUCCCAGGGGAGGAGGCGGCUUGAACCCAGGUCACCAGCAGCAGCACAAUGACAUCCACGGUGACUGCGAAGUAUCCUAUUGGAUCGAGGCUCAAUUCCGCCUGGCGGGUUGCGAAGUCGGAUUCCUCUGCAAACAUAUCAAGAUCUCGGCUUCUUCCUUCCUUUAUCCUCGACUAUGUGCCUCUCUGGCACUGCCCAAAUGUCCAUCUCCAUCACCAUCACCAUUCUUAACGCUACGAGCCAAACCUCAUCUCCUCUCACGGUGUUGUCGGCUCCUCCUCCAAAAGAGUCCAAGUCUCCAGGUAAGCCUGUACGAACCGGACAUGGCUAUCAAACAAAACCACGACUCCAAGCGCCAACUCACGAUCCCACUCGCCCUCACCAUCGACAACACUACUACUACUAGUAGUAGUAGUAGUUCCCAAUCCGCCACACUCGACAAUCGCCAAUCAUUCAAAUGCUCCGUCGUCGCCAAAUGGAUUGUCCACACGCGAUUCUCAACCACACCCAUACCCCGAGAUGGUAUCAGCAGAGACAGAGCGGUUAGUACUUGUGCCUACAAACCCAGCACGGCCUCGUCGCAGAAGUGCAAUAUUCUCUUUCGUCCACUACCGGCGUAUCCUGGUGAAGCAGCCCAAAGAGGCAGAGGGUGCUCAUAUACGGCCACAUCACAACUUGAUCUUGCCGUUCCAGAUACCGUCUCCCAACCUUCUUUGCGCUGGACACAUCUCAGCCGGACUUAUAGGCUGCAGUUGUCUAUGGAGUUUUAUGGCGUUUAUGGUGUUCCGAGGUAUAGGGUGAAUACAACCGAGGUUCCUGUGGCUGUUGUCUCGGACACGUCAUCGAUGGCUACCAUGGAUGGAGAUGGUGAUGGUGUUAAUAAGUGUGAUGAGGAUAAUGCGCAGAAGGGGGAAGGAGAAGGUGACAUUUUCGCCAAUGACUGUGAAGUGGCUGAGGUGGAGGAAGAGUCCAUUUGGGAGGGUGGUACUGUCUGCUUAGCUUCUGGCGGUAGUGGUGGUGGUGGAGGAGGAGGAGGAGGAAGAGAAGAGGUCACGGGCCAGAAACGAAGGUUGACUGCCGCCAGAACACCACCGCCCGCGUAUUUUCGAUGAAAGGCGAAGAGUGUGCGUAUGCGUGUAAAGUAUAUGACGGGUACGACUUAUACCGUGCCAUCCCUCGCCAUCUAAAAACGUCGCUCGUUGAACUGCUGAACUCGUCCGUGAGAUCAAGGGUGCUGCAAUGGCCUCCCUCCCUCCCCUAUCGAGAGAGAUCCCUAGAGAUAGGUACUAGAUAUAGCGGUUUCAAUUCAAUUCCGAUCCGAGUUAGGUAGCAGUUCCCGAA